AUGGGGUCGCGGAGGGCCGUGGGCCGGGGCUGGGGCCUGGGUGGACGGGCAGGGGCGGGUGGCGAUGGCGAAGACGACGGGCCGGUGUGGACGCCCGGCCCGACUAGUCGCAGCUAUCUGCUCAGCGUGCGGCCGGAGACUAGCUUAUCAAGCAACCGGUUGUCUCACCCCAGCUCUGGAAGGAGCACUUUCUGCUCCAUCAUUGCCCAGCUCACAGAAGAGACCCAGCCUCUAUUUGAGACCACACUCAAGUCCCGGGCUGUGUCCGAAGACAGUGACGUCAGGUUCACCUGCAUUGUCACAGGAUACCCAGAGCCAGAGGUGACCUGGUACAAGGAUGACAUAGAACUGGACCGUUACUGCGGCUUGCCAAAAUACGAGAUCACUCACCAAGGCAACCGUCACACCCUGCAGCUGUACAGGUGCCGGGAAGAAGACGCUGCCAUCUACCAGGCCUCUGCCCGGAACACCAAGGGCAUCGUGUCCUGCUCAGGGGUCCUAGAGGUGGGCACUAUGACGGAGUACAAGAUUCACCAGCGCUGGUUCGCCAAGUUAAAGCGCAAGGCUGCAGCCAAGAUGCGGGAGAUUGAGCAGAGCUGGAAGCAUGGGAAGGAGGACUCAGGGGAGGCCGACACUCUUCGCAAGAUCAGUCCUGACCGCUUCCAAAGAAAGCGCCGACUGAGUGGGGCGGAAGUGGCGGUCCUCUCAGCCCCCGCCAGGGAAACGGAAGAAGGGUCCUCGGCAACUUGGCAGGAAGGAGAGACUGAGUCUGCUCAGCACCCAGGUUUGGGUUUGAUCAACAGUUUUGCUCCCGGAGAGGUACCCACCAAUGGGGAGCCUGCCCCAGAGAACGGGGAAGAUGGCGAACAUGGCUUGCUGACGUACAUCUGUGAGGUCAUGGAGCUGGGGCCUCAGAACGCCCCUCCGAAGGAGUCUGGGGCUAAGAAGAAAAGGAAAGACGAGGAGUGUAGGCCAGGAGAACAGAAGCCAGAGUUAGAAAAGGCAGAUGGAAGCCAGUGCGCUUCAGAAAAUGGCAUCCCCAGUACAGAUAAACCCAAUUCCAGUAGAAGAGAGAAACCGGUCGAUACACAGCCAGCUCAGACCCAGCCCAGAGGCAGGGGAGCACGGGGGUCUGGGCCUUCCGGAACAGGAAGCACCAGGAAGUCAACCUCUGCUGUGGGCAUUCAAGACAAGAUCCAGGAUGUCGCUGCACCAGCCCUGGCCUCUGCCCCAGCCCCUGCCCCAGCCCCUGCCCCAGCCCCUGCACCAGCCCCGGCCACCACCUCUGUCCCAACCCCUAGCCCAAACCUCAGCUCAGAGCAGGUGUAUUUCUCCCUGAAGGACAUGUAUAUGGAGAGCACCCAGGGAGGCAGGCCCCAAGAAGAGGAGAUGCCUCCACCCACAAGAACCAGGUUACCUAGAGAAAUUCCCUCAGGGAAAGAGCCUGUCAGGGCUCGAGGUGAGAAGGUACCUAUGGUCUCUGGCCAGCCCACACCUUCCAUGGUCCCCCCACCCAUCAAGCCUUUGAAUAGGAAGAGAUUUGCUCCUCCUAAACCCAAGGUGGAGCCCACUACCACUUCUUCCUCAAGUCAGGCUCCAGAAUCUGUGGCCCAGAGCUUAGGGAAGGCCCCACCUCCAGCCUCGGCCCAGGUCCCCACACCCCCUGCCCGACGGAGACACGGCACCCGAGAUAGCCCCUUGCAAGGACGGACAAGCUUCAAGACUCCAGGAGAGGUUCUGGAGUCCCAAGCAACCGUGGCUCCUGCCACGUCUGCCAGCAGCAGCCCCGAUACCGUCUCUGUUGACCGCAGCACCCCUGGAACUCAAGGCGUCGUGGAGCCCAUGGAUACAGACACUCAGGAGGCUGGGAGGACAUGUGCUGAUGCGAGAGCUGGAGGCAGGAAGAAAACACAGACAGAUGGAAAGCCGCAAGUGGAUGGAAGGACCCGGGGAGAUGGAACACGAGCCUCCCAGAGGACACAGUCUGAUGGGAAGGCACAGGUGGACAUUGCGACACAAGAAAGCGAGAGGCCGCAGUCAGACAGGAGUUCACAGAAGGAUGCAGUGACACAGAGAAGGGAGGAUAUGCAGGUAGGACAGACACAGGCAGACGAGAAAUCGCGGCAAGAUCUGAGAGACACAAGGAUAUGUGAAAAAAAGGAGACGCGGUUGGUGGACAGCAUCCCUACAGCUUUCAAAACCCAGCCAGAGCAGCCGUCUGUGGCCAGCCUCAACUCAACACUCCAAGCCUUUAAACCCUCACCAUCAGAAUACCCUAGAACUGAUCAGGUUAUGGAAUGUGUUGAGACGAUCCCGGAAGCAUCUCAUGUCCAAGAAAAAUCUGGUUUCAUGCUUAGGUCUGAAGAGCCUGCAGUGACAGCCUUCAGAAGUGAUGAGGACACUGGACUAGAUCCCCUGUCAGGGAACCAUGUGUGCCUGGCACAGCCGCCUCCUGAGGGGAACUCAGCGCAGUUGGGGGGAGAAACACAUCAAAAGUCAGAGUUGUUAGGUCUGGUCAAGGUCAAGCAAGAGGACAGUCUGUUUCAGUGUCCCAAGGAGGAGCAGCCGGGGGAAACGCCAUCCGUGGCUCUCCCUGGUGGGCAUUCAACUGGCUUGAGUCAGGAGGUGCCCGCCACGCCCUCUUUUUCUGGAACUGGCCUGACCAAUAGACUGCAGGAGGGGCUACCCAGCACCACAGCUUCUCAGCACAUGCGCACGGGCGACUUAGGCCCCUCCAGGGACCAGGAGCUGCUGAGUUCUGUUUCCACUCUACAAAUGGGGCCAGGGUCCCCCACCCAGAGUCCCCCACCAGAAGUCACGGCUCCCAGUAGUGAGGGAGCCUGUGCCAAGGAGCCGAAUGUGGAGGGGAGCUCAUCAGGUCCCCGGAGCUGUGACCCUGGGCUUAUAGAUUCCCUGAAGAACUACUUGCUUCUGCUGCUGAAGCUUUCCAGCCCGGAGACAAGCGAAGCCAGGGCAGACUCACAGGAAGAGGCUGCUGCUGGAGGCCUAGCUUCCUCCUCUACUCUAUUCCCCACCAUGGAAGUGGCUGGCCUGAGUCCCAGGACAUCGAGGCGCAUCCUGGACCGCGUAGAGAACAAUCACUUGGUGCAGAGUGCGCAGACCCUGUUGCUGAGUCCCUGCACCUCCCGCCGCCUCACUGGCCUCCUGGACCGUGAGGUACAGGCUGGCCAGCAGGCCCUGGCUGCUGCCCAGUGCUCCCGGGGCUCGUGCCCCAGCCCCCUUACCAUUCCUGCCAUUGUGGUGGGCGAGGAAGGCUCUGGUACUGGUGAGGAAGGGGAUUCCAGGGAGGAGAUCUCCCAGGAAAAUGACAAGAACGGACUGCUAAGAGAGGUGGGUGGGCAAGUAGUGGAGAGUAGAACCCAGGAGCCCUGCCAGGAAGAAGCGACCCCAGGGGAGGCUUUGACAGGUCUCCCUGCAGCGACACCCGAGGAAUUGGCUCUGGGAGCCCGGAGGAAGCGGUUCCUCCCUAAGGUCAGAGCAACAUCAGACGGAGAUACUAAUAAGGCUGAAGAAAGGGAGAGCCCCACAGUUUCCCCUCGGGGACCCAGGAAGGGCCUGACACCUGGAUCUCUAGGGACUCCAGGGCGGGAGAGACGUUCCCCUACCCAGGCCCGAAAGAGCAGCAUGCUAGAGGUGCCUGGGACAGACGAGCCUGCAACGGGAGACCUGGGCUCCAGACCCAAAGCCAGUGCCUUGGAAUCAGAGCCUGCCCCGGAUGAAGGCAAGCAGGAAGCUCUAGCCAAGCCAAAGAACGCCAAAGACCUGCUAAAAGCCCCACAGGUGAUUCGGAAAAUUCGGGUAGAGCAGUUUCCAGAUUCUUCUGGCAGUCUGAAGCUCUGGUGCCAGUUUUUCAAUAUCGUUAGCGACUCAGUCCUGACAUGGGCGAAGGAUCAGCACCCAGUGGGCGAGGUGAGCAGGAGUGCAGGGGACGAGGGGCCGGCGGCCUUGGCCAUUGUGCAGGCAUCUCCCGUGGACUGUGGUUUAUAUUGCUGUACCAUCCAUAACGAGCACGGCUCUGCCUCCACUGACUUCUGCCUCAGCCCUGAGGUGCUGUCUGGCUUCAUCUCCAGGGAGGAAGGUGAAGUUGGAGAAGAGAUUGAGAUGACCCCCAUGGUGUUUGCCAAGGGUCUGGCUGACUCUGGCUGCUGGGGGGACAAGCUCUUUGGGCGAUUGGUGAGCGAGGAACUCCGAGGGGGUAGACAUGGAUGUGGCCUUCAGAAGGCUUCCCAGGCCAAGGUCAUCUAUGGGCUAGAACCCAUCUUCGAAUCCGGCCGUACGUGUGUCAUCAAGGUGUCCAGCCUGCUUGUGUUUGGACCCAGCAGUGAGACUUCUCUUCUGGGCAGAAACUAUGACGUCACUAUCCAGGGGUGCAAAAUCCAGAACAUGAGUAGGGAGUACUGCAAAAUCUUUGCAGCUGAAGCCCGGGCAGCGCCUGGUUUUGGGGAGGUACCUGAGAUCAUCCCACUGUACUUGAUCUACCGGCCUGCAAACAGCAUACCAUAUGCUACGCUGGAGGAAGACCUGGGCAAGCCCCUGCAGUCUUACUGUUCCCGGCAAGGGGGCUGGGCUGGGGCCCCAACAGCAUCUAGCAGCUCGGAGGCCAUGCAGAAAUGCCAGACCUUCCAGCACUGGCUGUACCAGUGGACGAAUGGCAGCUUCCUUGUGACCGAUUUGGCAGGGGUUGGCUGGAAGAUGACCGAUGUCCAGAUUGCCACCAAACUUCGAGGAUACCAAGGCCUCAAGGAGAGCUGUUUCCCUGCCCUGCUGGACCAGUUUGCUUCGUCCCACCAAUGCAACACCUACUGCGAGAUGCUGCAGCUGAAGCCUCUCAAGGGCCCCGAGGCUGUCCACCCCCAAGCCAAGGCCAAAGGCUCCAAGAGUCCAUCUGCUGGCAGGAAAGGCUCCCAGCUGAGUCCCCAGCCACAGAAGAAAGGCGUUCCCAGUCCUCAGGGUUCCCGGAAGAGUGCUCCAAGCUUCAAGGCCACACCUCAGGUCUCUGAGGCAGUCACCGUUCAGUUAGUAGGACAGGCGCCCACCCAAGAGGGGAGCUCUAAGGCUCAGGGCAUGCGGUAG